GAUCCCCCAGAAGCCCCCCCAGGCCACGGGGGGCGCCCCCGCCCGCUUCCUGCUCCUCCCGCCCUUCGCCAAAGCGCCGCCGGCGCGCUCCGGCAUCGCCGUGGCCUUCGCGUCCGCGCUGGGCCCCGUCUCGGUGCUGGGGCCGGCGCCGGCCUCGGGGUCUUCGUUGGGCCCGGCGUUGGUUGGGAUCGGGGUCUUCGUUGGGCCCGGCGUUGGGUUCGGGGUCUUCGUUGGGCUCAAAGUUGGGAUCGGGGUCUUCGUUGGGCUUGGGGUCCUCCUCGGGCCCAAAGUUGGGUUCGGGGUCAUCAUCGGGCCCAGCGUUGGGUUCGGGGUCUUCGCUGGGGUCAAACUCGGGCUCGGGGUCUUCACUGGCCCCGAAGUUGGGUUCAACGUCAACGUUGGGCCCGAAGUUGGGUUCGGGGCCGUCGUUGGGUCCAAAGUCUUCGUUGGGCCCAAAGUUGGGUUCGGGGUCUUCGUUGGGCCCAAAGAUGGGUUCGGGGUCAACGUUGGGCCCAAAGAUGGGUUCGGGGUCAACGUUGGGCUCAACAACGUCACCGUUGGGUUCGACGUUGGGUUCGACGUCAUCGUUGGGUUCGGCGUCAUCGUUGGGUUCAACGUCAUCGUUGGGUUCAACGUUGGGUUCGACGUCAUCGUUGGGCCCCCCGUUGGGUUCAACGUCAUCGUUGGGUUCAACGUUGGGUUCGACGUCAUCGUUGGGUUCGACGUCAUCGCUGGGCCCCCCGUUGGGCUCCCCGUCGCGGCACGGCUGCGGGUUCUGCGGGAAGCCCUUCGGCAGCGCCAGCGCGCGGCAGAUCCACCUGCGCUCCCACACCGGGGAGAGGCCCUUCCGCUGCGACCUCUGCGGCGGCCGCUUCACCACCCGCGGCAACCUCAAGGUGCACCUGCGGCGCCACCGGCAGAGGGGGCCGGCCGAGAGCAGGGAGGGCGCGGUGGAGGUGGGGGAGGGGCUGGCGAGGGUCCCCCCCCGGGUGGGGGAGGGGCAGGGGAGGGGGGCCCGGACCCGGCGCUGGAGCGGCGGCUCCUGCUGCUCCUGUCGGACCUGGCCCUGCCCCUCCCCCGCGACGCCCACGCCCUCUGCGACGCCAUCGCACAG